AUGUUGAAUGUUCCAUUUCAAUUUCACAAGCCUGUUACUUGUCUCCUCAAACUCGGUUACUACUCUUUUCUUACUCACACAAAUCUUUGUCAUAGGAACUACCUUAGUAACACCGUUGUUUUCUUGUCACAUCAACCAAAUCAUUCUGUUACCUCAAUUCGGUCUUUAGGGUUUCAUAGUGUUGACAUUGCUCUUCCUCAACAAAAACAUGAUUAUCUUGAUGAUGUUUUUAAUGAUUUUGAUGAAGGAAGAGAGGAAUUGUGUUCAUAUUUUGUGUCAAACAAGAAAUUGUGUCCGAUGGAAGAUGAUGUUGAUGUGUCUUUUGUGAUGGAGAAUGAUUCGGAAUGUCAUGGUUCGAAAGAAUUGGGAUGUGUGAAUGAGAAUGAGGCUAUGUUUUUGGAGGAAAUGGAUGUGAAUGUUUUGUCGAAUAGGAUUGUGGAGCUUAGUAGAACUAACCAGAUUAGAGGUGCAAUGGAGUAUUUUAGGUCGAUGAAAUCAUUUGGGCUUUGUCCGAAUAUCCAUGCCUGUAAUUCUCUUUUGUCUGGUCUUCUGAGAAACGGGUCGUUUGAUGACUGCUUUAAAGUGUUUGAUUUUACGAAAGCGAAAAGGAUAACUACGGGGCAUAGUUAUAGUUUGAUUCUUAUGGCAUGUGCGAAAGCUCGAGGAUGUGAUUCGGCUGUUGAGUUUUUCAGGAAACUGGAAAGGGAUUGUGAUGUAGGGAGAGAUUUUGAUGUGGUUGUUUACAAUACCGUGAUAUCUAUUUGCAAGGAGGUUGGCAAUUGGAGCGAAAUAGAGAGGUUGUGGAGGAGUAUGAAAGAAAAUGAGUGUGCUCGAACGCUGGUUACGUAUAGGUUGUUAGUUAGUAGUUUUGUACAUUGUAACCAAAGUGAGCUAGCUCUUUAUGCUUACCAUGAAAUGGUUCAAAACAGAUUUGAACCAAACAGCAAUAUAUUAAAUUCGAUUGUUUGUGUAUGUGCUAAGGAAGGAAGGUGGGAUGAUGCAUUGAGUUUCUUCCAGAAAAUGUUGACGGGUGACUUCAAACCGAACUUAGUCGCUUGCAACGCGUUGAUUAACUCACUUGGAAGAGCAGGGGAGCUCAAACGAGCAUUUCAGGUCUACAAUACAAUGGAUUCGUUGAGCCUAAAACCAGAUGCGUAUACAUACAACGCUCUAAUGAGUUCUCUUAACAAGGCCAAUAAGCACGGCGAAGCUCUCCGGCUUUACAAGCAGAUAGAAAGAAGUCAAAUGCUUGAAUUCAAUAAACAUUUAUACAAUACUGCUUUGGUGUCUUGCUCGAAGCUUAAAUUGUGGGAUAGAGCGGUUGAACUUCUGUGGCAAAUGGAAGCUUCUGGACUGUCGGAUUUGACAGUUUCGUAUAACCUAGUGAUCCGGACUUGCGAGCUUGCAUCGAAGCCGAAAAUUGCAUGGCAGGUGUAUGAGCACAUGAUUCACCAGAAGUGCAGUCCAAACAUAUUUACUUAUCUUUCCUUAAUAAGAUGCUGCACUAGAGGAGAUCUCUAUAAAGAAUUAGAAGAAAUCUUAAAUAAGGUUGAGCCAAACAUGGCUCUUUAUAACGCCGCUGUUCAAGGGAUGUGUUUACAUGGCAAGCUUAACUUGGCAAAUGAGGUUUACACAAAAAUGCUAGACCACGGGCUAGAACCUGAUGUCAAAACACAAGUACUAAUGGAUCCGAAGAUGAGGAAAUAA